CAAUAACUGAACAGAAUACUUUCUUAAAGAGCUCUACCACUUGUCUUCUGCAGUCAUAUGUCUGAAUUGUAAUAGAAUGGAACUUGGAGCAGGGAUUCUACAAAUACUCGUGCUGUUGUCUUUAUGUUGUCUCAACAUCAGCGCUGCUCCUAUAUUGAAUAAAACAAUGACUAUGAGCUACCAACUAGCAGUUGAAUUAAAUCGCUCUGCCUCAACUUUACUAGAUUUAUAUCUGUCUGCUCAAGGCUUUCCUUUCUCUAAUGAUAAUGCCAAACUAGAUGUGUGCAGAGUUGAUGUGAAGUGCCUUCCCAGAGGACCACUAGCCGAUAUGGAGAGCAAUGACAUGCUUAGGAGAAUACACACUGGUGUAAAACAGUUUGAUUUGCACUUGAAAAAUGUUGAGGACCAGCAGAAGAAUAUGAACUCUCUGAAGAAAGAAAUGCAUGAUGAGCUUAAAAAUACUCGGACACAGCUAAUAUCGCUGCAGUCAAACCUCCGGUUGAUUCUGGACAUCAGAGGUCAUCAUGUUCCCGAAGAGUUAGAAUGUUCUCCAGAACACAUUAGCAUCCCUAAUAAUCUGUUUAAACAAAAGCAACAAGGAUGUGCAAUACUGCGAGAGUUUAAAAGGUAUAUGAAGCAAUUGUUAAAGCGUUUUCUUCAGUUAUCGAGGAAUGCGCAUGGGAAAGCAGCUGUCAACUCAUAGUUUGCAUGCAGUACAAUAUUUGGUUUACGCUGCAACUGAGUAUACUGCACCUUCUACAAUUUCCACUCCAGUCCAGUAAGGGACUUUAUGAGAAUAAAUUGUGGAAAUGUAACAUUCAAAUACAACAUGCAAUUGCCUUAAAUGCAAGUGCAGCAAUACAUU